UCAGUCCUUUUUCUUCACCUGCAAGAUAAAUAAUCCAAAAACUUUUAUGUAUAUUCUUCUGACUUCCUGUAUCAGUAUUCACAUAUGUAAAUGUGUAUUUGUAUGAAUUUGAGUUGAGGGUCCAUGACUCAAACUCAGUUAUUCUCUAGAAGACCUCACAGGACUCAAGAGAGCAAUGUGUUAUAUUCUCUCUGUAAGCUAGUGUGUUCCUUCAGAGUAAAGGAGAGUCUUCCUUACAAAGGAAUGCUUAAUACAUUGUCUGUCAUAGGUGCAUACACAUAGGCUGUAGGUGGUUUCCAGAUUAAAGAUUUAAGGAUGUUCUCUUCCUCUUUUGUGAAUGGAUGAACAUGUGAGUCUCAGAAUGAUUGAAUAGAAGCACAAAAGAUAGGCUAUUUUAAAUUUUAAAAAAUUGGCUUUUCCUACAAAAUAAAAUGCAAAACUUGUUACACAGAAAGCAGUCAAAUAGCUCAUCAUGGGAAAACUUACAGGAAAACUUAUGAGACAUUCCUAUUUAUCUUCAUAGUAGUAAUUCAAAGAUAAUUCUUUUAGAAUGAAUAGGAAUGUUCUAUUACAGGGCUUGGUGUCAUUCAAGGAUGUGGCUGUGGUUUUCACCUGGGAGGAGUGGCAGCUACUGGACCCCCUUCAGAAGAACUUGUAUCAAGAUGUGACGCUGGAAAAUUAUAUCAACUUAGAAUCAGUGGAAGACACCUGGCAAGUUGAUAAUUACAGAGACUGGCAUGAAGUAAACCAUGGCAACCUGGAAACUACAGAGAGUCACCACAGAGAUAAUGCAUUUGGAAAAGUAUCUUCUCUGAGCUUAAACCUUGAAGUUUCUUUAGCACAAGUAUCUCAUACCCUGACAUACUUGGGAAAUACUUGAAACCUAAUCUAGAGUGUAUUACUCAGAAUAAAAGCUAUGCAAGAAAUGAAGUUGAAUUUAAUCAAUAUGACAAGUUAUUUCUUUAUACUAAGCAUGAGAAAAUUCUUAAUAGACAAAAAUACAACGAAUAUAGUGAACACAGGAAAGCUUUCAGCCAUAAGUCACAGCUUAUUAAACACUGGAAAACUCAAAUGGCAGAGAAACACUACAGCUGCACUGACUGUGUGAAAGCCUUUCCCCAGAAGUCAGACCUCAUUAAGCAUCAGAGAACAUACACUGGAGAGAAACCCUGUGGGUGCAGUAGGUGUCAGAAAGCCUUCAGCUGGAAGUCCCAUCUCAUUUCACACCAGAGAACCCACACAAGAGAGAAGCCCUAUGAGUGCAACAAAUGCAGGAAAGCUUUCACUGAUAAGUCACGCCUUAAUAAGCACCAGAGAACUCACACAGGAGAGAAAUGGUUUGAGUGCCGCGUAUGUCAGAAAGGCUUCAGUGAUAAGUCACAAGUCACAUUACAUCGAAGAACACAUACAGGAGGGAAGUCCUACAGAUGUGAUGAAUGUCAGAAAAGCUUCAUCAAUAAGUCACAGCUCAUUAUUCAUCAGAGAUCUCACACGGGAGAGAAACCCUGUGGUUGCCAUGAAUGCGGAAAGACAUUUCCCCUUAAGUUUAGCCUCAUUUUACAUCAAAAAACACAUACAGGAGGAAAACCUUAUGGAUGCAGUUAAUGUGGGAAAACCUUCAUCCAGAGAUCUGAGCUCAUCAGACAUCAGAGAACUCACACAGGAGAGAAACCUUAUAAUUGCAGUGAAUGUGGGAAAGGCUUUAGUGUAAAGUCACUCCUCAACACUCACUGGAGAACUCAUACAGGAGAGAAGCCCUAUGGAUGCAAUGAAUGUGGAAAAACAUUCUCCAUCAAAUUUAGUCUCAUCCUGCACCAAAGAACUCAUACAGGUGAGAAACCCUACGAAUGCUACCUGUGUCAGAAAGCUUUCACCCAGAAGUCACAUCUCACUAUUCAUCAGAGGUCUCACACAGGAGAGAAACCCUACGAGUGCAGUGAAUGCCACAAAGCCUUCAGCCAGAAGUCGUAUCUCCUUAUUCACCAGAGAAUUCACUCUGGAGAAAAGCCUUAUCAAUGCCAUGAAUGUGGGAAAACUUUCUCUCACAAGUUUAGCUUCGUCAUUCAUCAGAGAAUCCAUACAAGAGAGAAACCCUAUGGAUGCAGUGAAUGUGGGAAAACUUUCCCUAUGAAGUUUAGCCUUGUUUUACAUCAGAAAACACAUACGAGAGAAAAACCCCACGAAUGCCAUGAGUGUCAGAAAUCUUUUGCCCAGAAGUCACAUCUUAUUAUACAUCAAAGAACUCACACAGGUGAGAAACCUUACAGAUGCAGUGAGUGCUGGAAAACUUUCUCCCACAAAUUUAGCCUCAUUUUAUAUCAGAAAACUCAUCAAGAGAAGUCAUGAAGAAAGUCAAUAUCCAAAAGUUGUCAUUGAAAGGAAAUAGCUCAUUACACUCCAGAGUAAUUUCACUCUGUAGGAGUGAAACCUUAAAACUGAAGCAGAUUUGGGUGCUUUUCAGAUUCAUACUAUGUUACUUUUAUCAGACAAUGGUAUUGCAUAGAAUGCUAGACAGGAGGAAAUACCUUUCCCGAUAAAUGUCAAUUGAAUGUAGGCUAGAGGGAACAAAUAGGAACGUCUGUAUAUGUAUUAAUAGUGGGGAUGUUGUCAGUA